AUGUCACGGAAAGGAUGGGGCAAAGGGAGGUGGGGAUACCCCCCUCGCUUCCGCAGAUAUUUUUCCAAUCGCCCAUGUCACACUUGGCCUCCUCUACUACACACUCCGCUUUUCAUCACAUUCCUCACAGGAGUGGCUGUCAGCGAAAUUCAACAUGCAAAGAUGACCCCCUCUCUCGCGAAGGCCUCAGAAUUGCCCUCACCUUUUUCAUCUCACAACCCCACGCCCCUUUCAUCAGACCCUUCGGCGCCCGUCUCGCUCUUCCAGGCAUUGCAAACCAUCUCCGACCUUCUCAACGCGUCCGUCUUGAAAACUGAAGCCAUCUUCGCUUUUGCCCUCAACGAAUCCGUCCGGCGCCACUUGAUCACUCCAUGCCGCAAGCGACUUUACCAGUCUUGCCAACAGCCCUACUACCAACCCGCUCUCGAUUCCCCUUACGACGAGCGAGCAGCUGCAGCAUGCGUCCAUCAAUUGCUCUGCAAAAUUUUGUUAUCCGCUCCACCGCUGUCCUUUCCGCAAGCUUUGGAUGAAAUUCAACGCACUGUCACGCCUCUUCCGCCGACAGACCUUGCUUUUCAAGUCCUCAGCAAAAUAUGGAACGACCUAGUCGUUCUGUUGCGCAGUCACAUCCAUCAAUGGUUCACCGCUGCCAUUGUCGAGGAUCCCCUGCAUCAAUUUUUCAUUUCUGAGGAGUCCGAGCCUGCUGUCGUACCGGCUCGGCUUCCGCAGUUUAUCAGCCCCGCCGUAGCAAACCGAUUGUUGUUCGUUGGUAACGUUCGCAAGUGCCGUAUUGUUAUCGCAAAAGAGCGUCGCGAACCACUGGAUAACCCCGGCAACAUCGGUGCGCUUGGUGAAAUUCUAACCAACCCUAUCUCGGCAGAACUCGAAAUCGAAGCAGCGAGUUUCAGGUGGAGGGAAGAAGCUGCAGAACGCUUAUCACAAAUGCUUCCAUUCCGCCGCAUACGCAAUCGCAUCAUCCUGCUCAGACAAUACCUUUUACUAGGGGAUUCCGCGUUUUGGAGAUCGUUUUUUGACGAGCUGCGUGCGAAACCGUCUCUACUUACAAGCAGGGAUCUUGAGCCACGCGAGAGACAACACGUCGAACGAUCAAUUUCGGAAAUCCUUUCCUACACGUUCGACGACUUUGUCAAUGAGAAUGCUGCGCUGGCUGAAAAGUCUCCGCACUGGGACUCAAUUUUAAAAUUGCAUGUCACCGCGGCCGGUGAUAUCGUGCCACAAUUUACGCUUGGUUUCGCUGAGAGUCGAGUCCUGGCGUCGAAGGCAUCUGUUUACUGUGACGUGUUUGCAAUAGCAUUUAACGUGAGACGCGUCGGCUGCGAAUUACGCGAUACAUAUGCUAAUAUUAAGCUUUUGGAACAUCAGCUGAAAAAAUCCUCUUCGCUGAAAAUCCGACGCGAGAGGACCGCAUGUCUUGUCCGGACCCGUGAACUGCGCCGACGGAUGGCUAUCUUUCUUGGAGGAUUCGAGUGGUACUUGCAGGUCGAAGUACUCCAACCGAAGAUUAACAGACUCCUCACUUUAUUAGACAAUCAUCUACGAGAAAACACGCAACCCUCGCCUCCUCGAAAACCGUUUUUCGAUGUCAUAUAUUCGACCCACGAAGCCCUAAUGGAUGACAUAUUCUCUCAGUGCUUCGUAGGUCAGAGCCAAAUCAAUGCAAGACUCAAUGGCAUCUUUGCAUCCUGCUUUAGUCUCAGCGACUUCGUGCAGGGGUUGACAGUUGAUGCGCUUCAACAAAACUCGUUUACGGAUACACUGCGUGCCUUUGAGCAAUCGUUCUCCCGAAAUGUAGGCCUGCUUGUGCGCUUACUAUCGCAUAUGCGACAAAAUGGAAAUGACGAGUGUGUGAUUCGAGUCCGGCUCGUGGUGAUCGAAACACUGCCAGUGGUUCAUCUGUAUUUUUUCUAUGUAUAA